AACGCGGAGAGAAAUUUACAGUCCUCAGAGGAAUGGACUGGGAGCGACUCGGCGGACCGCUGACCAAACUGACCCUGUGAGCAGCUUCAACUGACCACUCAGUCACCCCAGGAACAUGGUGUGCACAUGUCUGUGAAAGGGUCCUCCACCUGAAGACCUCUGUUGACCCUGAGCCUAAUCUGAAAGAAACGCUUCCAGCAUGGAACAGGAGGACUUUCCUCCACCUCCUCCUGACAUGCUAGAGGAAGAAGAGGAGGGUGAGCAGUUUGAGUUUGAUGACAGCUGCGAUGAAGCUCCUGAGGCCGAUCAGGAUCGCCUUCCCCCGGCUCCUCCUGUGCAGGACUAUGGUGCUUCAGACCACUGUGGAGCAGCAGCUUCAUCUGCGUCUGUUAGUCCACCCUCCUUAGUGGGCACAGCCAAUUCAGCGAAUGGGACUAACCCUGACUCUCUGAGCUUAUACAAUGCAGAGGCUGAUCUACCCCCACCACCUGAGAACUGUGUCCCUCCUAAUGCCCCAUUGUGCCCUACUGUGGCCUCACAGAGUGACUUACCUGCACCCCCUGAAGAGGAACAGCAUCUGAAUGGUUCAGUUGAUGCAGCAGGCCUGGAUAGUGACCUGCCUCCACCUCCAGAGGAUGUCACAGGACCUGCCACUCAAACUGGGAACAGCAACUCCAGUGUGGCCCAGUCCAAAGUCAACCCUUACUCAGUGAUCGAUAUCACCCCCAUCCAGCAGAUCUCCCAGCAGGUCCUGCCCCUCUCCUCUUCUUCAUCCAAAGAGAAGGAAGGGGAUUCCCAGGAAUUACCCAGCAGCCCUGUUGUGCCCUCCGGAUACUCGGUGCCUGUACCCUGCGGCUAUGCUACACCCUCCAGCGUGCCCAUAAUUACGCCUGCCUACACCACACCGGUCAUCAUCAGGCACUUCUCUGUGGAUGAGGACGUGACCGUGGUGGGGACGGGGAAUUUGACAGACAGUGUCUUCAGUGAAGAGUAUCCAGUGAUAAGAGAGGAAGACGCUCUGACUAAAUGGGUUUCGGACCCUGCAAACACAGCCUGGAUGGAGAAUCCGGAUGAAGUUAUUUAUGAUGAUGUGCCUCAAGAGAAUUCUGGAUCCACCACAGACCCAGAUGAAAUGAUCUACGAUGAUGUGGAGCUGGGGGAGGAGGGCGGUAGUAGUUCCCUGGAUAACGGCUGGAGCUCCAGUGAGUUUGAGAGCUAUGAGGAGGGCAGUGACGGAGAGAACGGUCACGCAGAGAAUGGACUCCCGAGCGCCUUUGUCCGCGGACGCCCGCCGAGCAAGAAAACACACCUGUCUCAAGAUCUGACGCGUUUGAAAGAGCACUAUGAGAAAAAGGUGAGAGAUCUAAUGGCAAACGCAGUGGGGACAGUAGAACUCCAGCAGCUCAGACACAAACAUGAACAGAAGCAGAUGCAAAAGCUGGUGAAGGCAGCUAAGCAUGGGACCAAAGAUGGCCUGGAGAAAACUAAAGCUGCGGUGAAGAAGGGAAAGUCCUUCAUUCGGACCAAGUCUUUCUGCCAUGAGAGGAAGACGUCCUGCUUUGAGGAAGAGGAGUCCGAGCUCUUCAUUGAGGUGGAGUGUUUUAAUGUAGAGCCAGUGCUAGGCCCCGCCCCCGAGGGCCUCUCUCAGCAACAGGUGGUCAGAAGAUGCAUCCUGGAAUCAAUAUUAGAGAGCGAGAAGAAUUACUUGGAGGCGCUGAGGCGAAUACUAGAGCAGUAUGAGAAACCUCUGCUGGAGAUCGAGCCGCGGAUGCUGAGUGAGAGAAAAUGCAAGAUGGUGUUUUACCGCGUGCGGGAGAUCCUGCAGUGUCACGCCCUGUUCCAGAUUGCGCUGGCCAGCCGAGUGGCUGACUGGGACAACCUGCAAACCAUCGGAGACGUGUUUGUGGCCUCGUUCUCCAAGUCCAUGGUGCUAGACGCGUACAGCGAGUAUGUGAAUAACUUCAGUACGGCUAUGGAGGUGGUGAGAAAGGCCUGUGCUUCUAAACCCUGCUUCCUGGACUUCCUCAAGCAACGUCAGGAGUGCAGCCGAGAUCGAGUCACACUCUACGGCCUUAUGAUGAAACCUAUACAGAGGUUUCCCCAGUUCAUUCUGCUCCUGCAGGACAUGCUGAGGAACACUCCGGUGGGUCAUGCUGACCGGCUGCCUCUGCAGAUGGCUCUCACUGAGCUGGAGACUCUGGCUGAGAAACUCAACGAGAAGAAGAGAGAAGCCGACCAGCGCUGCGAGAUCAGGCACAUCGCUAAGGCCAUGAAUGAACGCUACCUCAACAAGCUCCUGAGCAGCGGCACCAGGUAUCUGAUCCGCUCAGAUGACGUAGUGGAGACGGUGUAUAACGACCGUGGUGAGAUCAUCAAGACUAAAGAACGCCGACUGUUCCUCCUCAACGAUGUGCUCAUGUGUGCCACGCCCAACCUUCGCUCUCCUCAGGAAGGUGGAAGUGGUGGUGUCAGUGCGGCGGUUCCUUCAGGUCAGCGGUUCCUUCUGAAGUGGAGCGUUCCCCUCAGCCUGGUGGAGCUGGUGGAGUUCGGCUCCUCAGAGGAGAUGGGGGACUCUACUCGAUUCCCUGCCCCUCACUCUGGAGAGAAGGUCGUCAUUAACGCCAAGCCAAAUAAGUUGUAUGUGGGUCCAGGCCAGCUGUAUCAGGACCUGCAGAACCUCAUCCAUGACCUCGGCCUGGUCAAUCAAAUCUCCACCAUGAUCGGCAGCCUUAAAGGCAACUAUCAGAAUGUGAAUGGGGCAGUAGCGCAGGACUGGGUCUCAGGCCUUCAGCGUCUCAUCCUUAAGAAGGAAGAGGAGAUCAGGGCUGCAGACCGCUGCCGUAUCCAGCUACAGUUACCGGGGAAACAGGACAAGUCAGGCAGACCCACGUUCUUCACUUCAGUUUUCAACACGUUCAGUCCUUCCAUCAAACAGGCAUGGAACAGCAACCUGCAGAUGGCCAAGCUGGCUCUGGAGGAGGACAACGUGCAGGGCUGGUUCUUUGCUGAAGAUGAUAGUAACCAGAUAAAGAAACAGAAGCAUCCUCUGCUGCUGAAGCACAUGCCUGUGGUCAUGUCCAGACUACAGGAGUUUAAGGUGGAGUGUGCCGUCCAUAACCCAGAGCCCCACGUUAACAGUGAAAGCACAGCAGACAUGCCAGCAGUGGGUCACGGAUGUGUCUGGGUGGCCAGCUGCACAAAUCAGAUGGGCCAGAUUGCCAUAGUGGCCAUGCAGAACUCCAGCCCGAAGGUGACUGAGUGUUUCAAUGUGGAGUCGCGCAUCCUCUGUAUGACCUACGUGCCCCUGGAUGGGGAUGAGGGAAACCUUGAACAAAACGCCCAGCCCAGGACAGUUGACACACCCACGGUGUGUGUGGGGAUGGAGGAGGGGAGUAUCUCUGUCUAUAAGAGCAGUCAACGCUCGAAGAAAGUGCGUCUGCAGCACUUCUUCUCUCCAGACAAGGCCACAGUCACAUGUCUGGCAUACAAGAGUCCGUGUCUGUACGCUGGUUUGGUCAGUGGCUCACUGGCAGUCUACUCCAGAACGGCAGACGGCCUAUGGGACUCAUCCAGCAUGCGGCUGCUGAAGCUCGGGGUGCUGCCGGUAAAGGCUCUGCUGGCCGUUGGGGAGCAUGUGUGGGCAUCGUCUGGAGGGCAGGUCUUCAUCAUCAACACCCGCACGCACACUGUGGAGCACCAGGUGGAGGCACAUCAUGAAGAGGGUAUGGUGGUGUCUCAGAUGGUGGUUGCUGGGGUGGGCAUCUGGAUCGCUUUCAGCUCCGGCUCCACCCUCCGGCUCUUCCAUACCGAAACCCUGGAGCACCUGCAGGACAUCAACAUCGCCACGCCUGUCAACAACAUCCUAUCAGGUCACCAGAGGGUCUCUGUGAGCAGCCUGCUGGUGUGUCAUGGUUUGCUACUAGUGGGGACAAAUCUCGGAGUGACAGUAGCUCUGUCUGUGCCCAGACUACAGGGGAUUCCCAAGGUCACAGGGCGAGGCAUGGUGUCCUUCCACGCUCAUCACGGCCCUGUGAAGUUCCUCACUGCAGCCAUGCCUGUUUGUAACCUGCUAUCGGCUGCUGCAGCUCCAGCCUCUGCCAACUUCUCCAGCCAGUGCGGUCCUCUAGAGGAGGAAAGGCCAGGCUCUGCUCCAGCUGCGUCCAGUGACAGAGGCGUGUGGCUGUGCGACAGCAGCAGAAGCUCCCCCGGACCUGGUACGGGCUCUGGAUAUGGCCCUGGCCCUGCUCCUGCUCCAGUCCUCCAGGACUCUCUCUCCUCCUCCUGUGGCUCACUGGCACCAUCCCACAGCUCUCUGGAGCACGGACCAGAAGAUGGGGCCAUUUACGACCUUCUGAACGACCCCGCACACUCCCAGAAGGCCAAACGAGCACAGCGGGUGGACGUGAGUUCACUCCUGGUGGUUUCCGGUGGGCUGGGUCACCGCCGGGUCAACAGAAAGACCAAGCAUGCACGGCAUGAGGAGAGUGUGUCCACCAUCAUGGUAUGGCAGAUCCCCAUCCUCAAUGUAUGAACGUGGAGAUGGAGACAGAUAUAGUACAGAAAGGGUGAUGGUGGCAUUACAUGGCACAGGGUUGUUGUGCAGUGUCCCUCCCUGUGCUUUUCUGAAGCAUUCUCCUCAUCUUUCCACAUGCACAGGAGCGACAGAUUCAUCGUGGUGUAAAAAUGGGUUAAUGCUGAAUGAAAGGGAAACAGAGAUACGAGGAGGGACUACACAAUCUAAAUCGAAGGUCAUUCUCGAAUACUGCGGACGUGAUGUCAGCAGCAUAACCACUUCUGCAUGGUUUUGGACCGUUCAUGUUACUUGAAAUAUCGUUGUUGAUGGCAGUUGGAAGUUGGAUGGAGGGAAAUACUCCAGUACGACUCAGCUGUUUUUGAAGUGUCUAAAAUAAAGUAACACUGCUAAUGCAAAAUAUUCCUAUGCAUCUUUAGCUGCUGCGUGCUUACAUUUUGGCGAUGUGUAAUUCCUAACUCCACUUAAUUCUGUUUUCAGUUUUUAUUUUCAUCAGUAUUUCACAAAAGGUCCAGAAUGUCCAGGGACUGAGAGUACAUCUGUUGUCUUCCCACAUUGUUGUUUGUCCAAAGUUUCGAGUUGAUUGGAGUCACCAGGUAUUCCAAGGUCAAGACAUCAGAUGGUUUUAACUGAAAUUAUGAAGCCAAAAAAUAAAAACAUUCUAGCUGAUAUUUUGUAAAGGAGAGACUUUGGUGGGAUUUCUGGCUGGCCAGAUUUUCCAUUGCUCCUAAAUCAAAGUGGACAUAUACCAAUCCUAUUAGACACUAGUGGGAUGUUUCAUAUUCCUAAAUUAAUUGUCAUGUAUGGAUAUUUAAUAUGAUUAAGAAAGCUUGAUAUGGUGCCAUUCAGUAUGUAUUCCUAUCAUGUCUUUUAACAACUAUCUCAGUUUUGUCCAGCCUUUUUCUUGUGUAUCUGUUAAGUGAUAAUCAUGCUUUUCUUACCAAAAAAUGUAACCCAUUUGUUUUUAAUUUGUCUCUCAUUUGCACCCUUAUUUGUUGUUUAACGUGGCAUCAAACACAUAAAUUAAUUGUCAAAAAAGAAAAGUGAAUUGCUUUGGAUUUGGCUGGAAGCUGCUUUCUGUGACUCUAUGGCCUUAACAUGGAUGAAAAGAGAGAUGAGAAGUUCUAUUAAAAUGAAAAGUGAAGUAUGCCACUA